ACUGCGCAAGUCACAAUCGGAUGUGUGAUCAUCAGUGCUUUGUCUACCCGUCCGUCGAGCUAACAGCCCACCGCUUAAUUUCUAGAAAAUAGUAAAGAUGUCUGGCUCAUCAAACCUCGUUGCGAUGAAGAAAAUUGUCCAGCAGCUGCGUUUUGAAGCGAGCAUAAACAGAGUGAAGGUGUCCCAAGCAGCUGCAGACCUUCAACAGUUCUGCAUGCAAAAUGCCCUCCAGGAUCCCUUGCUCACUGGGGUGUCCUCCAGUACAAACCCCUUCAGACCACAGAAGGUGUGCUCCUUCUUGUGAGGACUACACAUAGGACAGACCGCAGCAUUUUUUGGCCUUCGUUUUGAUGCUACAGGGAAAAAGUUGACCUCAACACUGCUCCUCAUUGCCAACGGCAAUCCACUGCCACAGAAUCUUAUGAAGUGUAGAACAUGUCAGGAAGACUUGCCAUCUAUUUUCAGCCAACCACCUUAGAGGAUACGAUGAGACGGGUUUAUUUUUCAUGGCACGUGUGGUUUUCAAGUAAAUGAUUGUGCCUUUUCUAUUUUAUUCAUUGUUCUUGACUUUUUGUAUUUAGAAAUUAACAUUCUUCUUUCUCUA